UUAUGAUAAAAAUGGCCAGAUCGAGUGUUCGAUGGGCGUUCAAUUGGCUGCAAUGGGAUCCAAGUGAGACAGAAUUCCUAAAAGCUAUUUCUUGCAUACAAACCGAAGAGAAAGAAAGAAUAGGUAGAUUUGUGUUUAAAAAAGAUGCAAGAGCUUCUCUCGCUGGCAGAUUAUUAAUGCGUAAAUUUGUAAACGAGUACGGCAAUAUUCCCUACAAUGACGUAUUAUUCAGUAGAGAUAAAAGUGGUCGGCCCUUUGUAAACGGCGAUAUUAAGAAUCUAAACUUUAACGUGUCCCAUCAGGGAAGCUACACAGUGUUUGCUGGAGAAGUUAGAAAUUUACUGUUAGGAGUCGAUGUAAUGAAGCUCGAGUAUACCGGUGGUAAAAAGCUGGCUGAAUUUUUUCGAAUCAUGAACAGAAAUUUUUCACCAUUAGAAUGGGACUCGAUCAGAGCAGGUAACUCAAAAUCUGAAAUAGAUCAAGUUUCUAUGUUUUGUAGACAUUGGUCUCUAAAGGAAAGCUAUGUCAAAGCUAUAGGCGUAGGAAUAGCUAUGGAUUUAUCACGAAUUUCAUUCAAAAUAAAUUCGCCCUUAGUGGCAGGUCCGUUAGUUACGGACACUGAACUCUACUUAGACGGGAUGAAACAGAACUGGCUCUUUGAGGAAUCGUUACUAGAUUCAGAUCACUGCGUUUCCGUUGCCUUACAAGAAAAUAAAUCUGCUCCAGAAUCACUUGGUCUUAAAUUUGAGACAAUGAACUUUAAAAAUCUAAUGGAAAAUUCUGUUUCCCUUCAUUCGUUGGACCUCGAAUAUUGCAAGAGAUACUUUUCCAAGCCCGAACAACCCUAGAAAAGAUUUAACUAGAGAAGUUUUAUUAUCUUCAUUGGUAAAUAGCGUUGAAUGUGAACGAUUAUUCGCAAAACGAGAAUUGUUAUCGCAUUUAAAUAUCGAAGACGAACGAAUAUUUUAUUACAAAUACGUGGUUAAUUAUUAUUAUUAUUAUCUUUCUGAUAUAGCAAGUGAUAAGCAUUGUACGAUUAUUAUUAAAUUGGUGGGUAAAUGAAUAAAAGAUUACAUACAGCUGAACCA